GGUCAAGUAGCAGCAGCUUUCAUGGAAUUAGCUUCGGACGUAGGAGUCCGUCAUUCUGUCGUUCUCUCCAAUCUCAACAUUCAACAUUUGGUCGACUUUUCACCGGCGACCGUCUCAAUUGUCAGAGAGAUCCGCUACUGUGUGAUCGCCAUUGUGCUUGGGUGGACCACUACUCGUGUUGUCUCCGCGCUAUUGAAUCGAAGAGCUACGCCUGAUCAGUGACGCUUUUGAUACCCAGUGGUCAAUCCGUUUUGCUUCUGUUCUUUUGGUCUUUUUCUUUGAAUUAUUGAACACGCUUUUGUCACCAUUCCCAUAGAUCAACAGGGCACUUCCCUAACAAGUAGUGAUACUUGAUUGAUUGUAUAGACACUAUGAAGUUUUCGGCUUCUUUACCACUGUUCGCUGCUCUCGCUGCGGCACAAACUGUGAUUGAAGGCUCUAGCUUCGGUCAUGGCCAAACGCUAUCACCCACCAGGGACACCAUCCCGGGAUGGUCAAUUGGAGGAGAAGGACAUGCUCCCCAAGUUCUCUCCAACAAGCUAAUUCUUACUCCCCCUUACCCUGGCAACACAAGAGGGUUUGCCUGGUCCCAGGCCCCGGUUUCCCAGUCUGAAUGGUCAGCUGAAUUCCAGUUCCGAGCAUCUGGAGUUGAGAGAGGAGGGGGCAACCUCCAGCUCUGGUAUGCUAAAGAUGGUCAGACCAAGAUUGGCACUUCUAGCAUUUACACUGUUGGCCAAUGGGAUGGAUUCGCGCUCGUCGUUGAUAUGCACGGCGGAAGACGCGGUAGCAUUAGAGGGUUCCUCAACGAUGGCACAACAGACUACAAGAGCCAUAGAAGUGUAGACAGCCUUGCGUUUGGACACUGCGACUACUCUUAUCGCAACCUGGGACGGGCUUCCAUUGUUCGUAUCAAGCAUACAAAUGCCAACUUGGAAGUUACCGUCGAUGACAAUUUAUGCUUCGCAACGGACAAGGUUUCUCUUCCUGCUGGCAACACCUUCGGUGUAACGGCCGCGACACCAGAGAACCCCGACUCUUUCGAGGUCUUCAAGUUUGUCCUGCAGACUGCUCAGUCCGGCGCAGCCCCACCAGUCCAGCAGCAAAACAACCAGCAGCAAGAGCAGCAAGAGCAGCAAGAGCAGCAGCAGCAGCAGCAGCAGCAGCAACAGCAACAGCCAGUGGCCGCCCAAGCCCAAACGCAGCAACAACCCCGGACCGACCAGUUCGUUGACCUCGCUGCUCGCAUCGAACUCGUUAACAAGGCCACCGGCAACGUCAUCCGCGAGAUCGGCAACCAAGGCAAGCAGAAUGAGAACCGCCACCUCGAUCUCCAGCAGAAACUCGCAACUAAGGAGCAAGUCGCCGGCCUCGACGCUCGCCUGCAGAAGAUUGAGCAGAUGCUGCAAACCAUUCAGCGCGAUCUGGAAGGCAAGGACUACCACAGCCGCUUCAACCAGCUCCAGGAUACCCUCCGCUCUUCUCACCAGACCUUGACUGAGCACCUCCAAGGCUCUGUCCUCAGCGCAAUCACCGCCUCUACUCCACGCAUGGGUUUCUUCAUCUUCCUCAUCAUCGCCUUCCAGGUCUUCUUGGCAGUCUCUUACAUCGUCUACAAGCGCCGCCGUGCAAACAUGCCCAAAAAAUUCCUCUAAACUGAAAACAACAACCCACAAGACUAGUGUUGGAAAUUACCCAACACAUGAUACGCAAUAUUCGUUUCACCAUCCUCAAUUCCAUGCCUCAACUCCACGGACAUGGACACGGAAUCCCAAAUCCACGAAAGUCAUGUAGUAACGCGAACUUUGCAUCGGCUUUGUACUGCUCCUCACCUCUAUUUCGGCGUGUAUAUGCUUUGAAGGAAGACUUUUGUUUGGAAGUCGCGAUGUAGUCUUGUUGUGUUUUGUUAUAGUUUUUUGGGCCGUUGUAUAUCUAG